UUUAAUAAAGUUUCAAGAUUAAACAAUAAGUAGAAUUUGUAAAUGUAUAGUGAUAAUGUAGUAAUUUGCACAUGUUUAUACAUUGAUGUUUGAUGAAUGUUACCACAAAAAUGGAAGGUGAAUACGUGCGUGACAUUUACACGUGGCUUGAUAAAAUUCCAUUCUCCAGACCAAAACGAAAUGUAGCUAGAGAUUUUUCAGAUGGAGUAUUGAUGGCGGAAUUGCUAAAAAGAUACUAUCCGCGAUAUGUCGAGAUUCAGAAUUAUAUUCCAGGUUGCAGUACAGCGAAGAAACUCGACAAUUGGAAUACAUUAAAUCGUAAGGUACUUUCCAAAAUAGAUAUUAAACUUAAUAAGGAUGUAAUGAAUCGAUUGGCUCAAUCACAACCUGGAGAAAUUGAAAAACUUUUACUUGAAGUGCAUUCUAAAAUUAUAAAAGAUUGCAAUAAAGACCGGAACUGUUUACUUAAAGGAUAUAAAGAGUCAAGUUUAGAGGAAUCAAUAAAAAGUGCCACAAGUCCCGAGGAAUUACUAAAUCAAACUAUACCACGUAAGGUAUUUAUGAAAUUGAAAAAAGAACUCGAUGAGAAGACGCAAGCCAUUCACAUACUUAUAAAAAAAGUUGAGCACUUGGAGAGUAUGCUUAGAUUUAAAGAACAAAGAAUCGAAGACUUGACAACUCAGAUCGAGUCACAUAAUUAAAUAUCUAGAAGCUUAUACUGA